AUGUUGUGUUUGCUGGGCGGUCGCUGGCAGGAAGCCGAGUCGUAUCUCUCGAUUGCCUGCCGAAUGGUGUAUACACUUAGAGGACACGUCUUCGAAGGACAACAGGCUCCGAGUACAAGUGAUCCAUCACCCAACAAGGAAACGCGGCAUGUUCGGAACCUUUUCUGGCUCUGCUAUGUAUCAGACAAAGACCUGUCCCUUCGUACCGGGCAGCCUCCCUUGCUUGCCGACAUCUACUGCGACCUGACUUUGCCCGAAAGCUACCUGAGCUCUUACACGUAUUUACGCGGCCUCGAAGAACCCUCCCGGCUUGGCGAUACACACCUGGCCAGUCUCACGCCGCACCUCUGGGGCGACGCCCAGCUCGGCUGCCUUAAGGAAAAGAUAUACCGCCUCCUCUACUCCGUCCACGCGACGAGCGACAAGGACAACCGGCUCCUGGUGCACAUCCGCCAGCUGGAUGAUGAGAUCGAGCGCUGGCGGCUCUCCGUCCCCCUCGAUUUCCGCCCUGCCCUCUCCGUCUCCCCAGACACGCUGAUCGUCACGCGCGAGACCAAACCACCCCAGCGGAAGCGGUACUUCCAUCUCCUGCUCGAGUACUGGUACUUGAUGAUCUUUGUCCAUACGACGGUCAGGAGAUACGACGCCCAUACGGUGAUUGGCGAUGGGAGCCAUGACCUGCAUAGCGUCAUCCACUCGAGCUACGACCUGUCUCUGGAGGCUGGCAGAUCGACGCUUCGGUGCCUGAGGGUGUUUACGAAGACACUGUCGGACGAGCAUCUGUGGUUUCUUAUUUUCUACACCACCAAUGCCGCCAUCUCUCUCUUCCUCAACAUAGUCAUCCACCCGGAGGAGGUAGACGGACAGCUUGACUUGGAGCUCCUCAUCUCGGCGGCCAACACACUCCGCAUGGUAAAGCCGCGGGGCGCAGUGCCGGACGAAGGGGCCCGGAUACAGCAGCACUCCGACUUCAUCAUGUGGCUCGUAUGGCUUGGGUCAUGCGCCAUAACGAAGGAGAGAGAAGGGAAUGGACACCAUGGUUAA